GCAAUUUUCUGGUCGCGAAUGAGCCGUCGCGAACGAUCGCGUUCUCGCAGUCGAGACAGGGACUACGUCGAAGUUGGUGGCGACCGCCGCCGCCGAGGAAAUGAAAGGAGGAGUGAAGAGCGGCGGGACGACCGAGGAAGAGCAAGAGCAAAGGACUUCUCGCAUCUGGUGCAGCCGACGGGUACAGGUGCCGAUGCUGUGCGGACUUGGGGAGUGGCCGAGGUGGCUACCGACGCAGACGCUGUGCCUGUAGUCGUGCAAAAGCCCAACUUUGGGCUGAGUGGUGCCUUGGCGAAGGACUCUGCGACGGGGAACGUAAAGAACGGCAUCGUGAUGAAGUGGUGCGAGCCGCCGGAAGCCCGAGUGCCCACCGCGCGGUGGCGCAUGUACGUGUUCAAGAAGGACGACAACGUCGCGACGCUUCAUUUGCAUCGGCAGAGUGCGUACCUGUUUGGCCGCGAGAAGAAGGUUGCCGACGUGUAUCUCGAGCACGAGUCCAUCUCGAAGCAGCAUGCGGUGCUGCAAUUCCGCGUGCGACACAAGGAGGUCCGGCGCGACGAACUGGAUCAACCAGAGCUAGUCUCGGAAGUCUUGCCGUACAUCAUGGACCUCAAGAGCACCAACCACACGUUCCUGAACGGCAAGCAGAUCGAGCAUUCCCGGUACAUCCAACUCAAAGCGAAGGACGUGGUCACGUUUGGCGAAAGCACACGCGAGUACGUGCUGGUCCUAGAUGCAGCCAAGGCGGGGGUGUCCCAGUAGAGCUAUUGGCAAAAACAGUGUCACAGCUAAGACUCCUUUAGUCCCGUUUUGUCCUGUAUUACAGCCAGCAGCUAGCAAUAGCAAUCCUCUGUCGAGCUCCAGCUUGACUACAUGUACUGUGCAUACGCUUGU